AUGUACAAGCUCCUGCGAGCUGCACGCGUCAUGAUACGUCACCUUGUCUAUACUGUGUUCCUCAUUUCCAACGUCAUUCUUGUUACCAGCAAGUACAAUUCAGUUACCCUUCUCGCCAAAGUCGAAGGCCCUGGAUUCUUUUCGGAUGCGAAGAUGAGCCCCGCUGCCCGCCCCACCAACGCCAAACACAGUGAGUCUCAAUUGCAACUUGGUGAUAUUUCUCAUUAUUGUUCUACAAUGACUGGAUUUAACCCAUCUGCAUGUCGUGCAGACGGGAGCCUCAAGGAUCCAUCCGAGAUCACAUUCUACCAUGAUGCUGACAACGACGACAUCCCACUACCUCCAUCUGGUAUGCAGCCAGCCUCAUCCAACGCAUUCUCCGUCCUCUUGAAUUCCGGAUGGCAAGUGGCCACAUUUGUUGCUGGUGCUAGGCGCUCUGGUCGACCAGCCAAGCCAUCUGCUCGUCUUCGUGAUGCCGAUAAUCUCUGUCGCAUGUCAUCAUCUGCCCGCAAACGAGCAUUAUCAAGUGCAGCUGACGUGCCAUAG